AUGCACUCCCUAGGCCUGGCCGCCUCUGCCUAUCAGAUGGAGUUCUUCAAGGCCAACGAGGAGGGAACCCUUGAAGGGGCGAAGGGAACGAAGCGGGGCCUCAAGAUGCAACAACGUUCUUCCUCAAUUAUUUUCAGCAGGCCACUAGUUGGACGAAAUCUACCCACAGCACUCACGAAACGGGCAGGGAAUCAGCCCACAACUGACAAGGUCAAGCGAGAAAGAUACAAGCCAGAAGGUCAUGACGAGGGAUCGAAACCCGCGGAACAGUUCCUUGAGAUCAGCGAUUUCAGACCUUCGCAGUGCAGCACAGCUUUUGGACCUUCAUUGGUUCAGAGCAGGGGCUGA